AAUUCGGCUCCUGCGUUCAAGCGUUGUGUUCGCGGGAAAGAAGAGAAGUAUCUCAGAGGGACCACCGCCACCAGUAAAUGAACUUUGCAUCAUAAAAUAUAUAUUUUGGAUUAAUCUGAUCGUCUCCCACUAAAGCACAGGCAUGCUUUUCCGUUCAAUUGUUGACAGACGACUCGGGAGACAACGGCAGAAUGCCCUUCCUGCACACCCCUGGCCCAAGUACCCUCUGAGCUCCUUUCUGCAAGGCUAUCAGUGUGUUCGCCAUGAUGAACACAUCUCCUAUGGGAACCUUGGCGAUUCUGUGCCCCCGUUUGGAUUGUCUUUCUCCUCUGCAAGGGAGAUUCAGGAUGUUCUUGCCGUGGCAAAUGAAGAAGGCAUUGUCAGGAUUUACAACACAGAACGCAGAGGAAACCCACUUCUUAAAGAAUGGCUGGCCCAUGAGAACGCAGUCUUUGACAUAGCAUGGGUACCAGGGGAGUCUCAAUUGGUGACUGCUGCAGGGGACCAGAUGGCCAGGUUGUGGGAUGUAAAGUCCGGGGAGCUUUUAGGCAGCUUUAAGGGCCACCUUUGCAGCCUCAAGUCUGUCGCAUUCACUCUCGAGGACAGAGCUGUGUUCUGUACUGGCGCAAGAGAUGGAAAUAUUUUAGUCUGGGAUACACGGUGCAGCAAAAAAGAUGGUUUCUACAAACAGGUGAAACAGAUCCGCGGCGCUCAUAACAAAGCAGAGGCGAACCCCCCGUCCAAAACGAAGAAGAGGCGACUCAGCACGCGCGGCAUGGCUCCGAGUGUGGACACCCAACAAAGUGUCACUGUGGUUUUAUUCCGAGAUCAGCACACCCUAAUCUCCUCUGGUGCUGUUGAUGGUGUUGUUAAGAUGUGGGACUUGAGGAAAAACUACACAGCGCACCAUCACGAUCCUGUGCCCCUGCAGACGUUCCCGUAUCCUGGUUCUUCCAUGCGCAUGCGCCUGGGUUAUUCUGGACUUGUGUUGGACUCCACAAGGUCCAACGUCAUGUGCAACUGCACUGAUGACAGCAUUUACAUGUUCAACGUCAGCGGAACAAAAACUAGCCCAGAGGCAGUGUUCAGUGGCCACCAAAACUCAUCUUUUUACAUCAAGUCCACAAUUAGCCCAGAUGACCAGUUCUUGGCCAGUGGUUCCAGUGACAACAACACGUACAUCUGGAAGAUCUCUGAUCCCACUCAUCCUCCGAUGACACUCCAAGGCCACAGUGAGGAGGUGACAUCUGUUGCAUGGUGCCCAACAGACUUCACGAAGAUUGCUUCCUGCUCCGAUGACCACACUGUACGCAUCUGGCGCCUUCAUCGGGAAAUGGAUGGAGCACAGUCUUCAGUGGGAGAGGCCAAUCUUGUAGGCUGGGCACGUCCUAAGAGUCCACACAAGCUUUCAAACCCCACCGAGACGACGCCCGCUAAGGAACAGAGUGCCGAGAGCAUCGGAGGCCUGGCUUCACCGCAGUUGGCCGCGUGUGCUCCGAGUGGGGCUGCCUUGCCUCUCCCCUCCAGCACCACCUCGCCUCUCCAGGACGCAAAGACUGUUAUUUGUCAGAGAACACCACGUUCCAUCAAAACGUGGCUAUCUCCUUGUCAAAACAGCCUCCUGCUACGUAAGGUGCUCAGCCCGUGUCCUCAGAACCCGGCCAGCUUCACCCCUCCCACAGCGCGGCGUGCCAAGCGAAGACUGGAGACGGGUUCAUCUGACGGUGGUGAGGGUGCCGAGGAGUAUGACGGCGUUGCAAGACUUUUCCAUGUAGCCAAGAGGAGCCGGGCCCUGUCUGACAUCUGCUGCUCGGCUCAGGAGAGUCCAGAUCAGGCAGACAGCCAAACUGAGGGUGCCGCAUCAAGAGAGACUGGCAAGGAGAAUCAGUGUCCACCACUGACAGACUGGCUGUCAGUUAUGGGCCAAAAGAUGAGAGGGAGCCCGAGCAGUCCCCGAAGUCCCAGUGCUGCGAAGAAACAAGCAGGCAAGACGCCAGCUUCACCGACUAUCAGCUCGCCACAAAGCAUGAAAAAAAUAUCUUCCUAUUUCACAAGGAGAGCCACUGAGUGACCUCAGAGAGCCCUUCACAGUGUUUGAGAUGCUGUGUUAGGUCAUUUUAAUCCGCAAACUGCUGUGGGAAUGGCCAACUGUCGGUCCCAUUUUCAUUUUAACGACGAUAGUGCCUUCAAAAUAUUUUUGGCGAGAAGCUUCGUGCCAUUUUUUGCAGAGAAAACUCAUUUCAGGAGAUGGAAUACCAUUUUACACAACUUUCAAGUUGUCAAAGACUUUUAACAUUUUUUCCAAAAGACUUAAAGUCUCACUCUUGGAGACCUUUUUAAGAAAAUGAGUCUUUGUAAAAGAUCAGCUCUUGUCUAACAGUUUCAUAUAUUUGUUUUUUUUGUUGUUAAUAUGUACAAAAUAGCAUGUUGUUGGUUGGUUUG